UCAUAACCUUAGCCGUCAGCGCAGUUGUAUUGUAACAACACUGGAGUGUGGUGAAGCUGUACGCAGAAGGGCAUCCCAUUUUUGCACAUUGAGCGCAUGAAACAGGCACGCAAUGUUUGUCCUCCGUAUUUCUUUGGUCCGAGCUGGUAGAAGAAUUAUUCCAUCCAGAUCUAAACUAAAGAUGACCCUUCAAAAUGGAUCAGUCAUAUCAGCCCAGAACUGCUCGAGCAGCACAGAUGUCAAGGCAAACAGCCUGCGCUGGGAUCUGACCCCAGAAGACAUCAGACGCCGCACCGAAAUACUGAUCCAGCGGAUCAAACAAGCGCAUGACUCGGUGGGGACCGUGGACAUUGGAAAAGUGUGCUUUGAGAACACAUUGCAAGUCCUGGCAGAUGCAAAAUCAGAUUAUGCAGCUUCACGUCACAUGUUAGACUUCCCUCAGUUUAUCUCCCCGGGUAAAGAGGUCAGAUUGGCCAGCACUGAGGCUGAUAAAUGCCUGUCGGAUUUCGAUGUGGAAAUGAGCAUGAGAACGGAUGUUUUUCAGAGGCUUCUAGCUCUGCAGGAAAAACAAUCCAGUGAUUUAUUGCCUGAGUCAAAGAGAUUGCUGGGGCGACUGAUAAAGCUUGGGAAACGGAAUGGAUUGCACUUAUCCAAGGAAAUACAAGAAGAAAUCAAGUCAAUUUCCAAACAAAUAAGUAAACUUUCCAUAGAUUUCAACCAAAACGUGAACGAGGAAAAUACUGUGCUCUCAUUCUCUCAGGAGGAGCUUGCGGGUCUUGCGGAAAGUUACGUGAACGGUCUCGAGAGAACAGAAGAUGGGCGGUACGAAGUGACUCUGGCUUAUCCGCACUACUUUCCCCUGAUGAAAAGAUGUCAUGUUCCAGAAACUAGGAGAAAGAUGGAGGCUGCCUUUCACAGCAGGUGCAAAGAUGCAAACACUGCUAUUCUCGAACAGCUGAUCGAGUUGCGGGCAAAGCUGGCCAAACUGCUGGGCUUCACCAAUCAUGCCAAUUAUAUGCUGGAAAUGACAAUGGCUGAAAAUUCAGAGAAUGUGGCACAAUUUCUUGACGAGUUGUAUAAAAAGUUGAAACCAGUAGGUGAGCAGGAGAGACUUUAUUUACUAUCACUCAAACAAGCUGAGUGCAAGAGGCGGGGCUUGAUUUUUGACGGACAGAUCCACGCGUGGGACAUGCCUUACUACAUGAAUCUGGUGGAACAAGUGAAGUUUGCAGUUGAUAAGGACAAACUGAUCGAGUACUUCCCUCUGGAGGUGGUGACUGAGGGUCUGCUAAACAUAUAUCAGGAUCUGUUGGGUCUGAAGUUCCAGCAGGUGGCGAACGCUCAUGUUUGGCAUAAUAAUGUGAAACUCUACUCAGUGCUGGACUAUGAGAAUGGAGAUGAGAUCGGGCAGUUUUAUCUGGACUUGCAUCCCAGGGAGGGUAAAUAUGGCCACGCAGCUUGCUUUGGCCUACAGCCAGGAUGUCUUGGAAAUGAUGGGAAACGUAGGAUACCAGUAGCCGCCAUGGUGGCCAACUUUACAAAACCUACGAGUAACUGGCCCUCCCUUCUGCAGCACCAUGAGGUGGAGACCUUCUUCCAUGAGUUUGGACAUGUCAUGCAUGAGAUCUGCUCCAGGACCCGCUAUGCAGAGUUCAGUGGGACACAGGUGGAGACCGAUUUUGUGGAGGUACCAUCUCAAAUGUUGGAGAACUGGGUUUGGGAGAAAGAGCCACUAAUAAGGAUGUCCCGCCACUACAACGAUGGCAGCCCAAUUCCUGACAACCUGCUGAAUAAACUCAUUGCCUCCAGAGUGGCCAAUACUGGUCUGAUGAACCUGCGGCAGAUUGUUCUCAGUAAAGCUGACCAGUCACUCCACACUAAGGACAGUGCUGAUACUGCAGCUGAGUUUGCCAAACACAGUAAAGAGAUCCUGGGGAUCCCUGCCACACCAGGCACAAACAUGACGGCUAGUUUCAGUCAUUUGGCCGGAGGAUAUGAUGGUCAGUACUAUAGCUAUCUUUGGAGUGAAACAUACUCAAUGGAUAUCUUCUUCAGUCGUUUCAAGAAGGAAGGAAUCAUGAAUCCAAAAGUUGGCAAGGAAUACAGGCAAGUGGUGCUGGAGGCUGGAGGUUCAAUGGAUGGUAUGGAUAUGUUGAGAAAGUUUCUGGGUCGUGAUCCUUGCCAGGAUGCAUUUAUUCAAUGUAAAGGACUCGCUCAAAAAAUUACAGAACAAAAUUCUUAUUGACUACCACUGAAAAGAAAACAUCCAUAAUAUCUGUAGAGAUCUAUUGCCAUGUAUAUUCUUAGUUAUCAUUUUAAUUAUACAGAUUAAAAUAUUGUGAAUACA